AUGUAUCAGCAAUUAGAAAAGAAGAACUUUCUUGAGAAGCUCAAUGAUGUAUUAGGAUAUCUUGGGAAAAAAUUUCAAACCUUGGCAAGGAGAAAUCAUGAAUGCCAUGUUGAGCCCGUUGAAAGAAACCCGAAUGAAAUUUAUAAAAACUUCAUUGUUCCAUAUAUAAAAACAGAGACGGCUUUGGUGGGUUAUGACAUGUUCAAUCCGAACUAUAAGUUGUCGUUUCUCUUAGGAUUUAUAUUUGCUGAUGUCUCAGUCUAUUUGAUUAUCAACCUCAUUGAUAUCUGGAUCAUUUGGGGAUGUAACUUGCAAACCCUCGUCUUUUGUUUCGUAACUUGGAUGCUUGGUUGGACCGGAUGGAUGCUCAUUGUGACUGCUUUGCAGAAUAUUGUUCGAUAUAAUGAUUUGUGUACCUUGGUAUACGAAUUUGGUGACAUGCUUAAUGCUAAAACUGAAUCUGAGGAAAUCAAAAAAUAUAUUGAACAUAGUAAAAUGUGCAAGAAACUAAUAUUGAUGACUACUGUUCUUUGCGCUGGUGGUGGUCUUAUCUGUAACUUUUAUCCAAUUGUUGUUUACUUUAUCACGGGCAAUAAAAUCUUGCCAUAUGGUUUCUUCAUUCCAGGCGUUAGUAUGACGGAAAAUCCUGGAUAUCUCAUCAACUACUUUUACCAAAUAUUUCAAUGUUAUUGUACAGUACUUGGUACGAUGAAUUCAACUUUUCAUCCGUAUUUAUUUUUCAUUAGUAGUGCCUUUUUUCAAGUGGACAAUAUCAUCAUUAAGUUACACAAAUUGAAUAAAAGAAUUGAAGCAAAGCCUCAUGAAGAUGGAAACGAAGAUGAUAUACGAAAACUUGUGAUGCUACAUCAAAGAUUCCGAAAUUUUCUCUCAACAGUCGACGAAGCUUACAAUAAGAUGUUUUUCUUUAACAUUGUCAACUAUAUGUUGAUGACUAUUUGUACUUUGUUUGUGAUGGUCGACAAAAUGUGGUUUGUUGGAUAUUACAUGUUCCUUGUUAACUUUGGAUUGAUACUUUUACCCUGUGCUAUCGGGACCGCUAUAGAGAUCAAAAACGAUAUAUUGAAUAAUGAAAUCUAUGAUGUUUCGUGGUAUUUACUGGCACCCAAAGAAAGAAAAAUUUUCACCUUUUUUCUGUUUGGAGUACACACGACUGACAUGCCAAGUUGUGGAGGAUUUUUGCCAUUAAAUAUAAAUACUUUCCGCUUAAUAUACUCAAAGGUUUAUACACUUUUGAUGUUCUUACUUGACUCUCAAAAGAAAAACUAA